AAAGUCACUGGGAUGGAUCUGGUAUGUGAUAGGCGGGAUUUAGAAGAUAAGGUGGGUCAGGAUUGCAGAGAACGCUGGACGGACAGUCGACCCUCCCUGCCAGGUUCAGUCGCGUGGUCUGAUGAGCUAGUUAAGACGGACAACACCAGGCGCAGACGGAGACAUGGGCGAGACGGGGAUUGUUACAAGAUCUGCUGAGUAUAUUGGCUCAUUUCCUGUGGAUGACAUUUGUCUGGAUGAUCAAAUGCACCAGCUGCACACUCAGCUCAAGUCCCUCAAGGGUUGCAAAAGCAGGCAAACAGUUUUAUUAAAAUUCUCUGUCAAAGGAGUCAAAGUUUUUGAUGAAGAUGAAACGAAGCUCCUCAUGGCUCAUGCCAUGAGUCGAGUCUCGCUGACCACUGCCCGUCCCUCUGAUGCCCAGUUUGCCUUCGUCUCCCAUAAUCCUGGAAAUUCUGACGUCCAGCUUUACUGCCAUCUGUUCCGAGCGAGGCAUGCCCGAGCUGCCCAGUUUCUGAACCUGCUGCUGUGCCGCUGUUUUCAACUGUAUUUUUUGGAGAAGCAUCCAGAAGAGGCUCAGGCCAAGCACUCGGGCAAGAAACCUGCUCAAACGCCAUCAUUGCUCAAUGAAGGCUUCCCUCUCAGCGUCAGUGCUUUGGUGUCUUUCCGCCGGGCCCCAACUCAGGGUCUGCUGCCUGGGGCAAAGGUUGUCUCGGAACCAAAUCCAGAGCUUGUGAGCAGUCCAGAGGAGGGCCCUACUUCGUCCCCAACUUUAGUUCGUAAAAUGGCGAUCCGGACCAAAGCACUGCGUUCUGGAGCGUAUCGCUCGUUUACCUUUACCCCCCUCAAACAGCGCCAACAGCAGGAUAAACUGAAUGCUCCUCAAGAAAAGGGUCCGGAAAGUGCAGAAGCAUGCAGUCCUCGGACUCCCAGUUUGGCCGAGACAGAAGAAGCGCUGGCUCAGGCGGUGUGGUGUUGGGCUGGCGUCUCUAGUGAUUGCAGCUCAGCGCUGCUUGAAGAAGAUGUGCUUGGUGCCUUUCUUCUUUACCCACAUCCCCAAAAGCCCAACCAGGGAUCUCUUAUAAUCCGCUUUCCAUCAGGCCAGGUAGCAUAUGCUGUUAAGAAUUCCAAAGGGAAAUUCCGUCUUGAGAAAUGCAAGGUUAAGUUUGAAAGUCUUGUUGCUUUGAUCACACACUACACGGAGGUUGGUGAUGAGCUGGAAUGUCCUCUGAGCUGUGCUCGGGUAAAUCACUGCUACGAUUGGGAGGACAGUGGAAACAAGAGUUCACAUUUACCGCAAAAUGACAAGGGCCCGUUAAAAAGCCUGUGUAAAAGUUGGGUAUGAGCCCUGUCUUCACCACGCUGCCUUUUUUAAAAAUAUCUGUUAAUACAAACGGACAAUAUAUCUGAUUUUUUUUAAUCUAUUUUAUAAUUUUAAUAUUUUAAACCUUCCAAAGCUGCUGACAUGUAAGCUGACUGAAUAAUGAUCUUAAGUUAUGACACCCCUUAGACACUUUAGUUUUGCUCAUGGCAUAACCUAAAUUCACCUGAAGCACGGCUGUUUAGAUUUUUUAGGGACUAAGCACUUAUUGAGAUUGUGAAUGUUUUUCAUGUUUAUGUCAGCUUUUAAAUGUGUACUCGUGAAUUUUGCAAAGGUACAGAUUUCUUUUUUUUAAAUGUAUUGUGGAAAUGAUGCGUCUGUAAAGCACUGUGCACCUGUAUUAGAAACGUAUAUAUUGGUUUUGUAUAUUAACACCAGUUUUAGAGAAUUUGAGUGAUACGCUCAGACACCUUAAACCUACACUGUCCAGUUUUUGAGUUUUGCUUUUCCACCUUCAUGUUUUUUGUACUACUUUGUAUUAUUGGCUUUGCAUCAAUAUAAGUGACGUGUCUAGCCUUUUUGCAUAAACGCCUCAUGAUCAUUUAUGUCUGGUGUCCUUUCAGUCAUCUUUAUUUGAAAAAGUCUUGUGAAUUUAACUAGUUCGACGGUCAUGCAUAUCUGACUAGAUCUGUUCCGGUCUAAACAUUAAAUUUUCAGGAAAAUCACCAGAGUUUUAUAAUAGUAAAAGACAAAAGUAGUUACUAGUAACUAUUUGCCUGGUUUCACAGACUAGUCCCAGAUUAAAAUGAAGGUUUGAGCUGUCUUAAGUGAUAAUAAAUUGCCCUGACAUAUCUAAAAGUCACCAUGAAACGGAAAUUGCGAUUGACUUCUUUUCUGUAUCGUGACGUGUAUUCGAGUGAAACGGCUUCUGAAAUUAGAAAAAUGUAGGGCGUGGCUUUUUUUGCCUUUCCCUUUUUGAUUGGUUUGUUGUAAAUUGGGUCUGGAGGGGAGGGGUAAAAAUGCCUGGCCAUUGGACAGUCAGUAUAGUCCUACCUCUUUUUUUGUUGCUGACGUCAUGUGGUGAAGAGUUGUUGAGAGGACCUUAACGUUUUUGAUUAAAGAUUACAAGUGCAAAUGAAUACAAAAAAUAAUGGUGUGCACGGAUGAAUCAUUUAUAAAAAUCACUGCAACACUGUGUGAAAUACUUAGAAUUUCCCUCUUUGAUUGCAUGGUGACCUUAAAAUAUCUCAUUGCCAUUGUUUUGUCUCAAGAUAUACUCCAGUAAUGUUUUUAUCAAUGGCAUUUUAAUAAAAGCCAACUAAAUAUGCUAAUUUAACUAAGGCAUAGUCCUGGUUUAAGCUAAGCCUCGUCUGUGAAACCGGGCCAUUGACUACUAUAGUUCUAUGAUUGCUAGUUUUCGUGUAGGAGGUCGUUUCACACUAAAAUCUCACGAAAAAUUGAGCUGUAUAAAAUCAAUGCUU